AUGUCACUGAAUCACGACCACCCAGAAGUUUCACCAGGAGCGCAACUUGAUGUUGAGCUCCUGCAGCUCAAUGAACUCAACGACUUCCUGCUGGCACCCGUUCAAGUUGAAGCUGAGGAGGACCAUGCGGAUCUUGAUCGUCCAGACAACGAUCCGAUAGUCGAGUUCACCGUUCCGUCGCUUGAUGUUGCCGACUACCUGCAGAUGCAAAAUGGAGUAGAGUCCUACCUGCAGAUUCCCAAUGAAAUCGAUGAGAACUGUACACCUGAAGCUGAGGCCCAACAUCACCAGAAGCAGAAGCAGAAGCAGGGACUCCAGGUGGGGGUGGGCGGCAGUGAAUCUAGCAAUGCUCUGGAAGAGGUCGGCUGGGAGCUGGACGGGUUCUGGGACAGCAUACUAGAGGGCGACGACAACAUCUACGACGCUGGGGUGCGUGUAACUGAGGAGGCUGCAGGACAGGGCUACCGCAUUUCAUCUCAAGUGGCACCGUUUGUGGGCGAGCUUUUCCAGACGGAGUGGGAACCAACUGACAAUGGCCAGUACACAUUGUUGUCAGAAGUACGGCCGCUCCACAACCAGGACGACUCCUUGGAUGAUUUGACGUCCUUGGCGAAUUUCCACCCAUAA